UGUUCGUUGGUGUUCAGUUGGUGCGCCUCGACUGGGCAAAAUCGCGUAAAAUGGAAACAGAAUUUCGUUGUGAGGUUGAGGUUGGCCGUUGAAAAAAGUGAACAUGGGAAGGUCCAAGUUUCCCGGGAAGCCGCCGAAGACGGUCACCAGGAAACGGAUCAAAGUUCUCGGCCAGCCCGAGACAGUCCAAAGCGAUUCGGUAACCGUCGCCGAGAACAUCUACUACGGACUUUCCCUGUUCAACGAAACAUUUGGUGACAACGAGAAGGAACAUCCACCAUUUCAUGGUUUUAGCACUAAAGAGGCUAAUCUUUCUGUGUCUUAUAUCAAAACACAACAACAUGACACUGAAAAUGCAACUGUUAAAUCACCACCUGAUGCUGUUGAGAAACCUGUACCAAAAUCAAAGGAGCAUAACACGGUCGCAGAUGUUCAAAAUUCUCCAUCGAGUAUUGAAACUAAUGUAGAGCCAGUAUGCAAUAAAAACGAGGAACCGACAGAAAGCAUCAAACAGGAUGUGACUGCAUUGAAUUCCAAGUGUGCUUCUAAAUUCCAUAGACCUAAAAAUCGCAGAAGUUGUAAAAACAUUAAGUUCUCCAAUUUCAUGAAAACACCAGUAUUAAAGUCAGUGAACAAUAUCUUAGAUCAGCAUCAACGAACAAGACAAUUGCGUAACAGUACUGCAAAAAGAUUACUGCAGAGGGCAAAAUCUAACGGUAAUAAUGUACGCAAUAUGACCGUGCAAUGUGGGGAUAAACCAAAUGCUGUAAGGAAGUUUAUUUUGCCAGUUCGAAGUGCACAUUCAUCCAGAGUUAUUAAGCCAAAUAAAAGGUUUAUCGAAGAAUUGGAAGAGAUUUCUAGUGCGGAACCCAGUGAAAAUGAUAUUGGUACACACAUGAAGAAAGCUAAAUUUACAUUGAACAAAAUUUGUAAUCAGGACUCGAAAUUGAUGGAGGGAAAUCUUAGUAAAUUGUGUACAAAAUUGAAAGAUAAGGAAGUGAAGAAUAAGACCAAGAAAGUAAUUCAGCAUACAAACUCCAAUGCCCAAACUGUAGUACCGUGUGCAAAAAGCUGCGAAAAAUUAACAUCUGUACAAGACGCACAAGUAUCAAAAGUUAUUAAUACAGAUGUAAAGAAGACUAAUGUGUCUAAUAAAAACAAAGUGGUGAAAGCUCUGUCAGAUGAAUCCAAUAGUACUCAAGAUUCUUCACAAAAUGCGAUUAGAAAGGCUCAGAAUUUCAAAUUAACUGUGUCUAAAAGUCAGAAACCACUUUCUGUUCCUACAAAAGUUCUUCCUGAUUCCAAUGUUCCAAGUUCAGAGUCUUCCAGGAUUCAAACAAGGUCAGGAACUCAAAGUGAAGUCAAUGAUCUAGAUGUUCAAACAAAUUCUGAAGAUACUGGAAAAACAAAGGAAACUACUAAUACAAAGAAUCAAGACAAUUCUAAUAAUGGGAGUAAAACUGUAGAAGGAAAUUCGGAUAAUUUUGACACAGAAAGUACAUUGUCUGAAAGUGGAAGCGAACAUAGUAACAAUACAGAAGAUGAACAAUCAGAAUGGACUGGAAUGAAGUUGAAUGGUGGAAAAGUCAUUUUGAGGAAAGCAAGAUUGAAGCUGGAUAACAAAUGUGUUGGAGGAACUGAAGGACCUUUUUCAACAACAAAUAAUAAUGUUACAGGUGGAAACACUAACUUGGGAUUAACAGGUACUAUUAAAUGUGGUGUGUGUGGAGCUGUACGGUUUUAUCGAUUUGUGAAACAAGCCAGAAAGUUCGGUAUUCACAGUUGUGAAUCCUGUAGAAAGUUUAUUAGCAAAAUGAUUAAGAGACAGGCUUGUGCAAAAUCUACAAACAGUACCCUUCCAGUUCUUCAAUGCCAUAAAGGAGAUGGUUUAUGCUUAAUUCCACCUGUUGUACGAAGUCAACAAUGGAAUCUCAUGAGAUGUGUUUACAAAGCUAGAUGUCCAGCAUGUUGGCUAAAAAUGUGUUUGAAAUGUUACAACAUUCCUUCUUCAUUGAGAACGGGUUUAAAUGGAUUACUACCACCGAUAAUGAGAGAUCCUCUGAGUAUUCCCUUGUCAUUGAGUCAAGAGGACAAUGAUAAUCAAGGGCAAAAAUUGAUAUCUUCUAAGUUAGGUUGGCCUGCAGAAGACAGUUCAGAGAAGAACCUGUUCAAGUCAGCUAUGAAUUGGAGAAAUAUAGAAAUAGGUCAGAAAACCAGCUAUCAAGGCACUGGUGGUGGUUUCCUGUAUACAAAACUAGAUAAAUUCGAUUCAUCGCUAAAUAUAUCGCCUAGUAAAAAGAGAAGAAAAAACAACAGGAUAAAAGUGAGGAAGAAAAUAAAGAGUCCAAUUUUCUCUUCACCACCUGCAAACCAAUGUCCACAACCCCUUAGACAGAGACUUGAAUUAAAAGGGCCAAGAGUGAAACAUGUUUGUCGAAGCGCAAGCGUUGCACUUGGCCAACCAAUAGCUACUUUUCCUUCUGUAGAAGGGAAAGAAGACACUGAUAACAGUAAGCACAUUCCGAAAACACUGAAGGAAAACGAUAGGUCAGAGAAGAAAGAUUGCACUAAAGAAAAAGAGCCACCAAAACACAAUGAUGAAAACACGGUGAAUCAUAAUACUGUUAAUGUAACACACCAAUCCCAUCUAAAAAGAGGAAAAACGCAGCAAAGUAUCGCAAUAUCAAAUUUUCAAGUGGUACCUAAAACAAAUAACGAUGCACUACAUACAGUGUCUAUAGACUUUUGGGAACAAUAUGAUCCUUCCGAAGUUGGUGCAAAGGGUUUCGCCCUUAUUGGUUCAGAACUCUUCCAUAUCUCUGCUAUUUGUUACCUUUGUGGAAGUGCUGGAAAGGAACCACUCAUCCAUUGUCAGUGCUGUUGUGAGCCAUAUCAUGCCUUUUGUUUGGAACCCAGUGAAUGGAAUGCUUGUGCCCAACCAAACUGGUGCUGUCCUCGAUGUACAAUAUGCCAAUCCUGCCAUCUAAGAUCUGGUCCAAAAUUGUCUUGCAUUCGUUGUCGUCAAUCAUUUCAUCAUUCGUGUUUGUCGAAAUCUGGUGUUAGUGCAAGACUUUAUAGUCCUGAAAGACCUUUUGUCUGUCAAAGUUGUGUCAAGUGUAAAAGUUGUGGUAGCGAAGGAGUUAAUGUUCACGUCGGCAACUUACCAUUAUGCUCGAUGUGUUUUAAACUACGCCAACAAGGAAAUUAUUGUCCACUGUGUCAAAGGUGUUACAACGAAAAUGAUUUUGAUACAAAGAUGAUGGAAUGUAGUGAAUGUUCUUAUUGGGUACAUGCCCGUUGCGAAGGACUUUCCGAUGAACGGUAUCAAGUUCUUAGUUAUUUACCUGAUUCCAUUGAAUUCACAUGCAGCCAAUGUUCCUCUAAUCCUAAUUCAGUUUGGAGAAAUGCUAUAGAGGCUGAACUGAAGGCGGGUUUCAUAGGUGUUAUAAAAUCAUUAAGUAAAAAUCGAAAGGCUUGUGCUGCACUGAAGUGGAGCCCAAGAAAAGAGUGUUUAUGCAAACCCAUCCCCAGCAUAAGAAGGUUAGAUUUUUCGAAUGAAAAAUCGGAUUUGAUUACAAUGAAUACUAAAGAAAUUCUAAAUGGCGAAGAAUCCGAAGAAUCUAAUAACGAAAAGUCUAAAGACUCCGAAUCUAGUUCCAGUAGUAGUAAUUCAAAAUCAGAUGGAACGAUUAGGGUAACUGAAGAUCCACCUGCAGAUUGUUCUAAUAGAAGAGGUUUGAGACGACUUCGACAAAAGUUUCAUCUAAAGGAAUGCUCUGUUAGAGUAAAGAACUGUGUUCUGAGAGAUAAUCAAGACAGUGAUAAGAAAGAUUCGGUAGUUCAAGAGAAUUGCAACGGUAAUUCAAAUGACACAGAAUGUCAUUGUUUGGAGCAGCAAAUCAUUGUGAGACCUUCACCUACACUGAUGUCGGUAAAACGAAAGGUUAAUAACAAUGAAUAUAAAACGUUAUUACAGUUUCAUAGUGACAUGGAACAUGUAAUAAACUGUACUGGAACUAAAGAACUGAUCGACGCCUAUCACGAAAUUUUGCAAGAGGUAUUUCCGUGGUUUAGUCCAAAAAGUAUUAAAUGCAGUAAUGGAAAAUCUGAUACAUUAACGCCCACUAAGGACAAUUGUCAAAACGAUAGCCCUAAUACAAAAUUAGAUGAUUCUAUACUUGAAGUAUGGAAAGAGGAAGUAAUGAAAGCACCGAAAACAAUCGCAGCUAAAACAGCAAAUCUGUAUAACGUUCACGUUGAAGACAGUAGAUCGUGCUGUUUGUGCAAAGGUUUAGGCGACGGUCAGGAAACAAAAGAAGGACGGCUCUUAUAUUGCGGACAAAACGAGUGGGUGCACUCGAAUUGUGCACUUUGGUCCAAUGAGGUGUUCGAAGAAAUCGAUGGUUCUUUACAAAAUGUUCAUAGUGCUAUUUCGAGGGGCCGUUUAAUCCGUUGCUCCGAAUGCGGAAAGAAAGGUGCAAGUGUUGGUUGUUGUGCGAAAAACUGUAGCAGUACCUUUCAUUAUCCUUGCGCGAGGAACAUUGGACUCGCGUUUAAUGAUGAUAAAACAGUAUUUUGUUCUUUGCAUUUAAACAACUGUUCGCAAAAAACGUUACAGAACGAAAAUGAUUUUAGUUUACGAAGACCAGUGUACGUGGAGCUGGAUCGUAAAAAGAAGAAGUAUGCGGAGCCGAGUAAAGUGAAAGUUAUGAUCGGUUCACUGAUAGUCGAUUACUUAGGCACAAUUGUACCGGAAUAUUCCGACACAGUUGAAAAAAUUGUACCUUGCGAUUAUAAAUGCUCUCGGUUAUACUGGUCUACGGUAAAUCCAUUUAAAAUUGUAAGGUAUUACAUCAGGACGUACGUACAAGUGUAUGUUCCCGAUGUUUCUCCUGACCUGGAAAAUAACAUAACCAUCGAUCAUUCAAAAGAAAAAGAAAAAGAAGAUUUGUUGAAUACACAAAAAACGGAGUUCUUAACUGUGAAGCAAACUUUAGAUGGUUUAAUUGAUACAGUCUGCAAUAAGGAAGUCGAUGAAAACUUAGCAGAGCAAAAUAAUACAGAUCUGUUACCUCCUGAAUUGAAAGAGGCCAUAUUCGAAGAUUUGCCGCACGAUUUGUUAGAUGGUAUUUCCAUGCAAGAUAUAUUUCCUAAAAUGUCGUACGAAGAUUUUUUAGCCAUGGACCUAAAAAAUGAUGGUACAUUUGCAACAGAUCUAUUCAAAGACGAUAUGCUGACGUCCGAAGUGGAUGAAAUCAUAAAACCGCCGGAAAGUAAAGCUUCGAAAAUCGAUCCUUCCCUGUUAGAAUUCGGAGCGCAUAACGAUCUUUGGGUGCACCUAGAAACGAAAACUUCCGUUCAAGAUUUAGUGGACGAUUUGAUGAAUUCUAAGAAUCAAAAACACGGAGGCAGAGAAUUGAAGAGGUCUAAAUCAGAGGUAAUAUCAAAUAGUCCGUUGGUGGUUGGGGGACAGAGACAUCAUCAGCGAUCUUGUAGUUUAACUUGGAGUUGCAAGUUGGACGGUACAUACGGUCCCAGUAUAAAAAGGCGAAAAUUAUCGAGAAACUCGAGCAUGACAAAAUCCAGCGAGACAAGCAUGAUGGUAUUGGAUUCGCAAACUGAACGUCCACCUACCUUGCACGAGUUAAGAAUUCCAGAUAGUAUUAUGGUUACCGUCGGCAGAGCGAACACGCCUAACAUCUUAUCUGAUUCUUGGCUCUUUUGGCAUACAAGGCAACAGCCACGAAUAUUACAGGUCGAUGGGACUGCUGAUCCAAGUAGUGCCAGCGAAUGCAGUUCACCGGAAUAUAACAUUGAUGAGAAAACCACAGGAUUACAUGUACCGCCGUGUACAGAACACUUGUCUAUCCCACAGUUAGAUGGUAUCAACGAUGAAUCCUCUUGCGACAGUAACGAAUUCACUGUACCCACCGAGAAGGAUUUUAACUCGUGUACAACGUCGCCGAACAACAUUUUACGACCGAAACGAAUAUUUGGAUUUAUUAGAUCGCACCUGGCCAAGAAUAAUGAGAAACCACAGAAGAGCAAAGUUAAUUUCUUUAAAGAAAGUAAUUUAAAAUUGAACUUAGAAAUUCCACAAUUAGACGGUGCCGAUGAUAUUUCCAGUGACGAUGAGUGCAUAUCACCGCAGCAUGUUGAAAAUGAGAGGAUCAAUGUUACCUCUCAAUGUGACGCGCCGUUCGAUCACAUAGAUCGUCCAGUCACUUGCAAACGAUGCCGUUGUACCUAUAGAACGCAAGAUAGUUAUAAUAGACACUUGACGCAUUGUGAUAUCAUGAUAACCAGCGACAGUGAUUCGGAAACCAUGGAUAACAAACUGGCAUCGCCUGACUCCAGAUUUUCACCGAGCGUUGGUUCUAUAUCUCCACAGUUUAUAACUCUGUCGCCAUCAGAAGGUCACACACUUUCUUCUGAUUACCCAGACAUACAGGCUACGUCUCCGUUAGAAGCAUCUGUACCAUCUCCUCAUCCAGCGAUACAAAUUGAACCAAUAGCACAAGCAAUUAUUACACCGCAAAUUCAUACACACGCCACUGUGGAAACUGUGCAUCAAACAGUAUUAACAUCUAAUGAUAUGAUUGUACAAACACAGUACACUAGAACAACAACCACAUUACCAAAUCCUACGGUAUUACCUCAAGAGAGUACUGUUCAGAUAACAGAAAUCACGGAUUCACCGUCUGUUACGAGUGAUUCUAGUAUUACACCGAAUAUCGUUAACACACCAAUGAAUUCCCCCGAUGGUGCGAGUUCUCAAACUGUUCCGAGUCCACAAGUGUCGCCGACAUUUUCUUCUACUGGUGUACAAACCGCGAAUAACGAAUCACAAGCGAAUGUUCAGAUGACCAAAUUGGCCAAAUCAAAGUCUCCGAGAGCACCGAAAUCCCGAACAAAAGCUGUUAAAACACAAAUCACGAAGAAUACUGCACAGCCCCAUCAUGGACAUCAUAGGUUUCAAGCGGUACAAAACAAUGCUCCAGUUAUACAGCUGCAACAAGCACAAAGACCAAGCGGGCCAACAGUAAUAUUACAGCAAGUGGCAUCGCCUGGUAUUAUGUCAUAUGUGGAGACAUUGCAACAACAAUCUGGUCAAAAUCUUCAGUACGUAACAACAAUUGGUGGUCAACACGAAACUGCGUUUAAACCCCAGUUUAUAACAACUAAUCACUUAGUUCCUGGUGCAUACAUACAAGCACCUUCUGAUAAUUUAUUGGCAUUACAAAAUGGAGGUAUAUCGAUACUACCAAGCGUGCAAAUUGCCCAACCACAACCGACAGUUCUAGGGACAAUUAUCCAGCAACAACCGAGUGCAAUUCAGUGUGGGGUUAUAUCAUCCGAGCAACUGUUAUUAAGUUCAACUCCAACAUUGGAAAUGUUUACAGAUUCAACAGGCAGUAUGUUUCUUUCGAAUCAACCAAUGUAUUACGGUCUGGAAACCAUCGUAAGCAACACAGUAAUGUCCUCCAGUCAGUUCAUGGCUGGCACGGUGCCACAGGUGUUGGCAAGCAGUUACCAAACAACAACGCAAGUUUUUCAAGCUUCUAAACUUAUGGAACCUAUUGUGGAUGUUCAGACUGUUCCAGGUGUUCCAACAGUAACAGCGGUACAGGCAGUACAAAAUGUACCUGGAGUGCCCAGUGUGCCCAAUGUCGCUACUGUACCAAGUGUAUCCAAUGUAUCCAGUGUACCCAAUAUAACCAACAUACCUACCGUACCUCCUAAUCUAUCCAAUGUACCUAAUGUCCCAAAUGUACCCACUAUACCAACUAUACCCACAGUUCCCUCUGUAUCCAAUAUAACAAACAUAACAAAUAUACCCACUGUAUCCAAUGUACCAACGAUACCCAAUGUAUCCAGUGUACCCACUAUACCCAGUGCAGCUAACGUAUCUUGUGUACCUAGCGCAUCUAAUGCGGCUAGCGUACCUAGUGUACCUAAUGCACUUGGUGUGCCCACCGUACCUACUACACCCAGUGUAUCUGGUAUACCUAAUGUAUCCAACAUGUCGAGUAUACCUAGUGCACCUGCUUUACCUAGUACUUCUAAUGUACCUAAUAUACCGACAGUACCCACCGUUCAAAAUGUAUCCAAUAUCUCUACCCUACAACCUAACCUACAAUCCGUGGGGAAUGUUCCCAGCAUACCCACGGUACCCAGUGGAUACGUAGUAGUGAAUCAAUCGACACCUAUAACAGAAUCUAUCGUGCCACCACAAAUCAAUAUAUCUGCAACACCGAAACAGAGUUUCGGCCCAGCCACGUGUAACACCAUGUUGCCUGUAUCGUGUCAAAGUGUCGAAUCAAUAACAUCGAUACAGCUACCGCACACAUGUUCGAGCGAUCCACCGACUGUCACGAACGUGACGUCGUCGCCAAAGUUGUUACAAAGCUCGAUACCAACGAUACCAAGGGUGGCCGUACGGCCGAGCCCAGUCUCGAAUUCGACGCAACUGAGCAACGGACCAUGGAAAAUCACCGAGCCACUGUUCGGCACGGAACAGAUAAUGAACAACUGUGUCCGACCGUACUUCGACUCGAAACACGUGUCCGAGAAUACCAGUAUGAUAAAGUCUAGCAUAUCAUCUAAAAUACUCCCAUUACCUAACCACUGUAUAACACAACGGGACAUAAUUGUAAAUAAGUUAAAUCACGAUGUAAAUAAUGUGCAUAAUAAUUAUAGUAGUGCCGUACCGAAUUCGAACAAUAUUAAUGUAAGUACAAGUAAUAAUCCAGUUAUCGCUAGUUCGACUGUACAAAAUAAAAUAACAAUGUCCGCAAGCAACGUACCGACGAGUCGACCGAUGAACAGAGUAUUACCGAUGCAAGCUGUCAUACCGGAGCCAGAACUGAUGGAAACGAAGAAGCAAAUUGUCGAGGACAUGGUGGUACUGCCGACAGCAAAGAAACCCGACGCGGCGAUAAGCGACAUAAACGACCCGCUGAAAUUGAACACCGAGACGAUCGAGAAGGUGAAGGAGAAUCUUAAAUUGGAGCUGGACAAGGAGAAGUUGCAGAACGCGUCGUUGAAAAUAGUAUUACAAAAGCAGCUGCAAGAUGGUUCCUAUAAGAUCACACACAACAUGAAGGCGGUAGCACAGAACAAGAAAUCGUCGCCGCAAGUAACGUCCGUGGAGAUACUGCCGUCGAAACAGGUGCCGCCGCAGAUAGCCUCGUUGCAAUUGCUGCCGAUAAAAACGUUCACAUUGAAAGCGAACAAGAUCGACGAGAAGGUGAAACAACCGAUCGACAACAAGUUCAAUCUGUUGAAGACCAAGACCCCGCCGGUUGCUGUUAAAAAACCACGAAUCAUAAGCAAAUCGAUGAAAACCGUUCCGCAGAAAUUGCAGCACACGCAGAAAAGUGCCGUGAAAGGGCCGACGCUGAUGUACGAGAUAAAGUCGCAAGACGGAUUCUCUCAUACCGCGUCCUCGAUGGCCGAGGUAUGGGAGACCGUGUUUCAAGCCGUGCAGAAUGCUCGAAAAGCGCACAAUUUACCACCGUUGCCACAUAAUCCUCUGCUUGAGAAUCUCGGCCUGGAGAACAACGCCACGGUGUACUUGGUCGAACAACUACCAGACGUGAACAGAUGCACGAAGUACAAGACCAAAUUCCAUGAUCUGGCGCCCCCGAAAACAGGAGACACGGAAAGUGAUCUGCCAUACACGUGCGACAAUGGUGCUGCUCGCGCGGAACCGUUCAGAGGACGGAAAGUCCAUGACAUGUUCAGUUGGCUGGCGUCCAGGCACAGACAGCAACCAAAAAUGAUCGCCAUUUCGGAAGCCGAAUCCAGACGAGUGGCAAGUACAAAUCUGCCGAUGGCGAUGCGGUUUAGAAUACUUAAGGAGACAUCGAAAGAAUCGGUUGGAGUUUACCAUUCUCACAUUCACGGCAGGGGUCUAUUUUGUUUAAGAGAUAUCGAGGCUGGAGAAAUGGUUAUCGAGUAUGCCGGUGAGGUGAUUCGAGCCUCUUUGACCGACAAACGAGAAAAGUACUAUGACAGUAAAAAUAUAGGAUGUUAUAUGUUUAAAAUCGAUGAUCAUUUGGUCGUUGACGCUACAAUGAAGGGAAAUGCAGCGAGAUUUAUUAAUCACUCAUGCGAGCCGAACUGUUACUCGCGAGUGGUGGACAUCUUAGGUAAGAAGCACAUUUUAAUUUUCGCUCUUCGUCGCAUUAUCCAAGGAGAGGAAUUAACGUACGACUACAAGUUUCCCUUCGAGGAUAUCAAGAUUCCAUGCACCUGCGGCUCCCGCAGAUGUCGUAAAUACCUCAAUUGAGACUGCAUAUACAGCUAUCGUAAGCAGCCAACAGGCGCAGCAAACCAUAUGUGCUAUAAUUACGCGCGCUUCGGCAUAGGAUUCAUUUUAUUGAACGUUAUUCAUUUAAUCAUCAAACUAUUUUCAGAGAUUGCAGCUUUUUAUUACUAUAAUGGAAAAUAGAUUAUACAGUUAACGAAACGGGGAGUGAACCACAACAAAAUAUUAGAAUGGCCAGAUAUAUAAUAGUAGACGAGGCAUCGCGUUAUGACAAUGUUAUUUUAAACGGCUACAGUUAUCGUAGUUGAUUUAAGGGGGGGAGGGAGGGGAACUAUACUUAUAGCAAUAAACGAUUGAACAUGUCCUGCUUUCGUAUCCCGACGAGCCAUGGGCGGCGAGCACCACGCCCCCCCUGGGGCUCAAUUGAAAGUGUUACUUUUAUCCACGCCUGUGCUUUCACGCACGUCUUCUAGACUCUACUUAUUAUCUACUAUUGAGGCUUAAGUGUACGAGUUUGUCGUCACUUUACACUAAAUCGACAGCAUACACCGUAUGCAUGUUCCAUGUAUACAUACUUAAGUUAGAAUUCUAACAAUUCUGCCCCGCGAUUGGACCAAGACGACGAAAGGACAUGGAAACGGAACGGCAAUGUAUAGCACGAGAAAAAAAAAAGAAUAAGAAAUCAACGUACUUAGAGGGCGGAUCGACGUUCUCCACGACCGUUACUUAUUUCUUCUAAAAUACGCCUCCGCCGCGUAGAAACGAGAAACACACACAGACACACUUUUAAUGUGUUGAACUGUGAAACGGUCGCAUCGUGAAUACAUUGUGCGUAUUUAAACAAAAAAAAAAAACAAACAAAAAAGCGCGCACGCGAUAUUUAAACGAAAGCCACGUAUGUAAUUAUAUAUGUAUUUUAUGUGAAACGGAAUUUAGUGUACAGUGCACGAUCGACUGCGUGACAUUUUAUGUCUGCUGUAGGGCCAGAUUUCAAAAUGUUCUUGUAAAAUAUUGUAAUUGUUAGAAUUAGACAUUGUCUCUUGAUGUAAGUACAGCUACCGGUUUAAUUUAAGCUGAAAUAACGUUUAAGCGUUAAGGGAGAAAAAAUGCGCGCACGCAUUAGAGAGAGAGGGAGAGAAUGGCAAGAGGGAACAGUUUUCCCUGGCGUGCGGGAUAUAAUUGUUGGAAGGUGUACCUACUUUGGCAGACAUUGAUGAUAUUUUUUAAGUCUUAUUGUAGUUAACGAAAAGCUAACGGACACAAAGCAAAAAAAAAAAAGAAAAAAAACGGGAAACGUGUGAACACUUUGCUGCUUCCCGACGAAAAUUUCGAAGUCUGUUCGUUUCAAAUGGAGGAUUAAUGUACGCGCAAUAUUAUUUUGAUAUGUUUUAUUGUUUUUUUUUUUUUUUUAUAUAGAUUUUUAAACACUGCACCCAUGCGUUUGUGCUUCCGCCUUGCCAAUAUUACAAUAUUAAUCUCAUUACUUUAUUUUUAUAUUUAACGAAAGCCGCUAGAGAGAGGAAAAUCCAGCGAGAGAGAG